AUGGGGCCUAUUGGGAACAUCUCCCCGGGAGGGAGCAUAGCUCUAGGAAUCCUCGUUGGCCUGAUCUCGACUAGUGUUCAAAGUCUAGGCCUCACUCUGCAGCGAAAAUCACACAUAUUGGAGGACGAAAAGGGGCCGCACGAUGUUCGUCGCCCGCCAUAUCGGAGGAGGAGGUGGCAGUUGGGCAUGGCCAUGUUUGUCAUUGCGAAUAUCCUAGGGAGCAGCAUCCAGAUCUCGACGCUGCCGCUGCCCGUCCUCUCGACCCUCCAGGCUGCGGGCUUGGUGUUCAAUUCGAUAUGCGCGACGCUCAUCCUCAGCGAGCCCUUUACGCGAUGGUCGCUCUGCGGCACUCUGCUCGUCAGCAGCGGCGCGGUUUUAAUCGCCAUCUUUGGCGCCAUCCCAUCUCCAGCCCACGAGCUGGAUGAACUGUUGGAGCUACUGGCCCGAAAGCCCUUUAUCGUCUGGAUGAUACUGCAGGCGCUGUUUGUCGUGUCGUUUGCGAUUGUUACGGAUGUUGUCAGCAGCCUCUCCAGCCUGUCCCACAAUGCCAGAUUCCGCCUAAUCCGUGGCAUAAGCUACGGCGUCAUCAGCGGAGACCUCUCAGCACACUCGUUACUCUUUGCGAAAUCCGCCGUUGAGCUUCUUAUCAAGACGAUAGGCGGCAAGAACCAGUUCCUUCGCUGGCAAUCUUGGGCCAUUGUCUUGGGACUCGUUUCUCUAGCACUCUGCCAGCUAUACUAUCUCCACCGUGGCCUGAAGCUGGUCUCUACAUCUGUCCUAUACCCACUUGUUUUCUGCGUAUACAACAUCAUUGCCAUUCUCGAUGGCCUAAUUUAUUUCAACCAGACGAGCCUCAUCUCAACGGGCGACGCCUGUCUCAUUACCUUGGGAACAGUCAUUCUUCUUUCGGGAGUCCUAGCGCUAUCAUGGCGGCUGAGCGACGAGCAGCACGCCCCUGCAGUCGGUCAGUCCUCGUUAGCCCCUGGCUUAGGGCUCGUUGACGAUACUGAAGGAGAAGAAGAAUCACUAAUGGGCCCAGAAGCCACAGUUGAGAUUGACGAAGAGCUACCUUCCACGACAUACCAGACAUUCCCCGUGAUGCAUGGCGACACCACCCCACUGACGCCGACGCGCAAGAAAAGUUUGGGUUGGAUAGAGCGGGCUGAAAUCUGGGGGGAGUUGCAAGAUCAGGAUGAACCUACCUCGCCAAUGCGCUCAACCACGUUCCCAACAAGGACCGAAUCAUCGCCACUGUUGCCCCGGAUCGGGAGGGCGAUGAGUGGCGUCAGCGUUACAGGUCAGGUAGGCCCAAGCGCAGAUGUUUCACCUCGAAAAUUCACCCGCCGGCGGAGGAAGAGCACGGGGUUCCCCGGGUUGGUUGCGCGUCGUAAUCUUCGCAGGGAUUCUGCAUUUUCAGAAACACUGGGCGGUAUACUCUCGCUGAACUGGCUGAGACGCAACAGCAGCCGUGCCUCGGCGGGCAGCGGUAAUAGAAACGAAAGUAACUCUCCGCAUCAAAAUUAUAGAGACGAGCCAGAAGCGGGUUCGGAUGGCAGGGCCAACGACUCAAAUGUAUGA